AGUGUGAUAUAUAUAUAUAUAUAUAUAUUAUUGUUUUCUCGUUUGGUAUCGCAUCUACGGCUUUCGUGUCUGCGAACCCUCUACUUGUGGAACCGCUUUUCGUUCUUCUACUCAAGCUACUAAAUAUAUAUAUAUAUAUCUAUAUAUAUAGUAUCGUGUAUUUGUGGGAAAGGCGCAUCCGCUCCCACGACAGAAGAUUUUUCUGUUGCCUUUUACGAGGAGGCUCAGCGAACAGUAUCCACAAGCAAUUAAAGAACACACGAACAAGCAUUUCCGCGGUUUUCUUGUCUUUCCAUUUCUCUCUCCCCCUCUCUCUUACACACGCAAGAGCAGAACCUACCGAUUUGGAUCUCCCUUUUGUUUUUUUGUUUUGUUUUAACUUCCUCUCGUUAACCUCAUGCAGCGGAUAUCUUUCUCAAAGCUCUCCCUGGCCGGCGUCGCCGCUGCGGCGGGGUCAUCAGCCGUCUUCACUGCGACACGCGCAGCCUCGACCGGGUCAGUUGACAACGACGGCGGCGUUUCGUCGACGCGGCGCAACGCCUCGCACAGACGUGUGCACCUGCUGCCGUCUGAUUUCCCUUUCCGUCCUCCGGUGCUCCGUGCCACAACGAUGCCGUCUCCGGUCGCCAGUCUGCAGCACGCGCGUCGCUGGCAGUCCUCUGUCUCGCAGAAGGACUUUAGCCACAUCACGCACGACCUCGUGUGGGGCUUGUGGAACGAAGGCAACCUCUUCUCCCUCUCCGCGCCGGAGCUGAUCUUCUUCUUGCAGCAGCAGCAGCUGAACUCCUCGACGACAGGCGGAGCUGCCGGGGGGACGUGGUCGAUCGAUCCACAAGCCAAAAAGAGCACGCUGGUGCGGCAAGUGGAGGAGCUGCUGUCGGCGGAGCAGGCGAAUCUGACGGUGCCGCAGGAGACCGCGAAUGUCGUAAUGUCGGGCUACGACCGCGUCGAGGAGACAUUGGAUGAGGCAGACGAGUACGGGGACUGGGGCGCCGAGCCGGGCUUCGAGGAGCGGCGGCACAUCGACUACAUGGAGUUCAGCCCUCAGAUGAUGGGCGAGCGCUACGAGCCGCUGGUGCCACGCGCGUAUCAGCUGCUGCACUCGAACUUGUCGGCGGAUGUCGGGCUGAACCUCAUUAAUCCAUCGAAGCUUCCCGGGCAGAGCAAAAACACGCUGGCGUACUUGGUGUCCAAGGUGGACGUGGACAAGGCGAACGAGCAGCACUUCCGGCGGGGCUUGGAGUGGUGCAUGGCGAACCUGUGGAACACAAACAUGAACGGUGAGCUGAACAUCGGCGCCGGCCGCAUUCUCUUCUACCGCUCCAUUGCGAAGCAGAACCGUAACGCACUACCUCUGUGGGCUCUGCAGAAGCACGUGUAUGCGCAGCACCCCUACGUGUGGUUCGCCAUCGCGUCGUCCACGAACGCCGAGGCGAUGGAGAAGCUGGCGAACCAGCUCGGCAUGAAGCUGGUGCAGGACACUACCACGAGCUACAAGCUGUCCAUCCGCCGUGCUGGCGAGAUCCUGGAUGCGGAGCUGAACGCGCAGCUGCAGUGCACCAAGCUAAACCGCCCUUGGGACCGCUUCUUGGUGUCGCACUUUGUCCGCGCGCAGAUGCCGGACCUGCGCUUCUUGGUUCGCGCGCGGCACCCGAUUAAAAAGCGCAUCGCGGAUGCCUACUUGGAGGCCGACAUCUUACGCAGCACUCGCGACUCGGUGCAGUCGGUGCUGUCACCCGAGCUGGGCGACGUUAAUUACUGCUGCGAGCGCGUGAUACGGAAGUGGGCGAUGCGAACGCAGGUCGGUGUCACCCUGCAGCUGGUCGAGACCCGCCGCACCCCGUUGAUCAUCACGCGAGCCGGCGACGAAGGGGAGCGACUGGAGUAUGAGUGGAUUGUGGUGCUGCCGCAGAAGGCGGAGCGAGUGGAUAUCGCGGCGAUGUCCUCGGAGCUGUGGCGCUACGGUAGCCUGCUGGCGAAGGAGUUAGAGACAGGCAUGGAGGAAUUCCUCUCGCACACCAUGACUUCUGUUGCGGCCUUCUAA